AUGGAUACUUGCCUUUCCUCAAACCACUCACCGGAGGCAGUAGACAAGCUGAACAAUUGCGCCGGAAAACCCGCCCCGCCACAAUUUCUCGUAUUCCCACUGUCCUCACCUCCUCGGAAUCUUGUUCGCGGCUCUCCGUCUUCCAGGCAGACAUUAACCUCGAACCCUUCGAAGGUUGUUCAAAAUUCCAUAGUCUCUAAUGUUGAGAAAUGCCUCAGGAUGAUGGAUAUUUUACGGGCCCAAAAUGGAGUUGUUGACAAAGUUUUGUCUUUCUUCGCUCAUGUUCGAAAUGGCUGUCAGCUUCCAAGAAUGAAGAGGUGGAGGAAUAUGUCCAUCCCUUCCAAUUCAAAUUUUGCCGCCAUUUUACCUGGUAAUUCAGUGGCUGGAGUCGUUGUGACAAACGGGAUCUCGAAUUUCUUAAACAUCUACAACACUGUGUUGGUUGUCAGGCUCGUUUUAACUUGGUUCCCUAAUGCCCCUCCAGCAAUUGUCAGCCCUCUUAGCACUUUAUGUGAUCCAUACUUGAACAUAUUCCGGGGACUUAUUCCACCGCUAGGAGGGCUGGAUUUGUCACCAAUUUUAGCAUUUCUUGUUUUGAAUGCAUUUACGAGCGCGGCUGCUGCACUGCCUGCCGAACUUCCUUCGACAGAAGGAUCGAAAGGUAUUAUUCAAACUCGUGAAAUGGCAUCUUCUUCGUGCCUUACCUCAUCACAGAAGAAGUGGAUGAGGAGGUUUUCUAGAAGCAAAGAAUCGAGUUCUAAUGGUGAAGUUUAA